UAAUAAUACGAAAAUAUAACCAAAACCGGAGUCCUAAAUUUCAAAUCACAGAAAUCUUAUAACAACCCACCAACCAACCACAGCAGCCACAGGUUGCUGCAAUGUUUCAGCAAUAAACUUUUCAGCUAUCACACACAAUGUCGCGGGCAGUGGGCAUAGACCUGGGCACGACGUACUCCUGCGUCGGCGUCUUCAGCGCAGGGCGGGCGGAGAUCAUCGCCAACGAGCAGGGCAACCGGACCACGCCAUCGUACGUCGCCUUCACUGACACUGAGAGGCUGGUGGGCGACGCUGCUAAGAACCAGGCUGCAAUUAACCCUAGAAACACAGUAUUUGAUGCGAAACGCCUCAUAGGCCGACGAUUUGACGAUACUAAAGUGCAACAAGACAUAAAAAACUGGCCGUUCCGGGUAAUAUCUGAGGGCGGGAAACCCAAAAUCUCCGUCCAGUACAAAAAGGAAACGAAAACAUUCUCGCCGGAAGAAAUUUCCUCUAUGGUCCUUUCGAAAAUGAAAGAAAUAGCCGAGGUGUAUUUAGGAGGGACGGUGAAGGAUGCAGUUAUAACCGUGCCCGCGUACUUCAACGAUUCUCAGCGUCAAGCGACCAAGGACGCGGGCGCCAUCGCGGCCCUCAACGUGCUCCGUAUCAUCAACGAGCCCACGGCCGCCGCGCUCGCCUACGGCCUCGACAAAAACCUCACCGGAGAAAAGAACGUCUUAAUCUUCGACCUCGGAGGAGGAACCUUCGAUGUAUCAAUAUUACAGAUUGCCGAAGGAUCCCUGUUUGAAGUGAAGUCUACCUCGGGCGAUACUCAUUUGGGCGGAGAAGACUUUGAUGGCAGAAUGGUGGAUUUUUUCGCUACAGAAUUCGAGAGAAAGUAUAAAAGGAAUUUAAAAGAGAAUCCUAAGGCACUGAGGCGGUUAAGAACAGCUUGUGAGCGUGCGAAGAGGACGUUGUCGUCUAGUACUGAAGCCAGUCUAGAGGUGGAUGCUUUGCACGAUGGCAUCGACUUCUACUCUAAGUUGUCGCGAGCUCGCUUCGAGGAACUAUGCGCUGACUUGUUCCGACAGACCAUUGGCCCUGUGGAAAGAGCCUUGAGUGAUGCCAAAAUGAACAUAAGAGACAUAAACGACGUAGUCAUGGUGGGUGGAUCCACGCGGAUCCCGAAAAUACAGCGACUUCUUCAGGAUUUCUUCAACGGCAAAACCCUAAACCUGUCCAUCAAUCCUGACGAAGCGGUGGCCUACGGGGCGGCGGUGCAAGCGGCCAUCCUCACCGGUUCCAAAGACGAGAGAAUCCAAGAUGUCCUCCUAGUUGAUGUCACUCCACUGUCUCUGGGGAUCGAGACUGCUGGAGGAGUCAUGACCAAACUGGUGGAUAGGAACUCCACUAUACCGACGGCUCAGAGGAAGAUAUUCAGCACGUAUAGCGAUAAUCAACCAGCUGUCACAAUACAGGUGUACGAAGGAGAAAGAGCAAUGACAAAGGACAACAAUCUUCUGGGCACAUUCAAUCUGUCUGGUAUUCCACCAGCACCCAGAGGAGUUCCACAAAUUGAAGUAACUUUUGACGUGGACGCCAACGGUAUCCUCAACGUGAGCGCUCAAGACCGGAGCACGGGGCGCUCGGAGCACAUCACCAUAUCCAACGACAAGGGCCGGCUCAGCAAGCAGGAUAUUGAGCGGAUGUUGGCUGAUGCUGAGCGGUUCAGGGCGGAAGAUGAGGCGGCCAGGCAGAGGGUCGAAGUUAGAAAUACGCUGGAGACCUAUGUUUAUGGGUGUAUGCAGGCAGCAGAAAACGCCGGCGACCGUCUAACAGAAGCAGAGAAGACUGCCGUGCUGACUGAAUGCCGUGACCAAGUGCAGUGGCUGGACCAGAACCCCACGGCUGAUAGGGGCGCGCUUGAGGGGCGGCUGCAGCAGGCCCAGACCGUCUGUCAGAGUGUUAUGAUGAAGCUACAUGGGGUAGCCGGACCCGGCAGUGGCAGCCCUAGGGUUCAGGAGGUGGAUUGAGAGUGAAACCCUGGU